CGGAACAAUACCGAGCAGAGCCAUCGUCUAUACUUUUCACGUUGAUGUAAUAUAAAAUGACGAAGAGAACGAAACUGAGAACAUCUCAAGCCAGUCGUCUCCUCGUAGGAAAACACCCCACCGGUUCCUAAGAGCCUUCGCACAGCCUGAUCUGUUUCUUUGACACCACGGGGCACCUUUCAAAAUGUCUACCUCACAGCAAGUGCACCAGGUCCAACCAAACGACCUCCAAAGGUUUGUCGAAUCCAUCCUCACGGCUAACGGGGUAUCGUCCGAACAUGCCGAAAUCAUCGCCAGCGGCCUCGUGCAAGCGGACCUACGGGGCGUCGACACCCACGGAGCCAACCGCAUCCCGUCGUACAUGGAGCGCAUCCGACGCAAGAUCCUCGACCCGACCGCCGUGCCCGAGGUGACCGAAGCCACCCCGGUCGUCGCCUCCGUGGACGGCAAGAACGCAUUCGGUUUCGUGGCGGCCGACGUGGCCAUCACCCGCGCCAUCAGCAUGGCCCGCCAGUUCGGCAUCGGGAUGGUGUCGGUGAAGCACUCCAACCACUACGGCAUGGCGGCGUGGGUCGUCCAGCGGGCCGUCGACGCCGACAUGAUGUCGCUGGUGUUCACCAACUCGUCGCCCGCGCUGCCGGUCUGGGGGGGCCGGAGCAAGUCCAUGGGGGUGUCGCCGCUGGCGUGCGGCGCCCCCGGCGGCGGUCCCGCCGGGCGCCCGUUCAUCCUGGACAUGGCGCCCUCGGUCGCGGCGCGCGGCAAGGUCUACAAGGCCCUGCGGCGAGGGGAGAAGAUCCCCACGGACUGGGCGCUGGACGGGGACGGGGCGCCGACCGACGACCCCGCCCGCGCGCUCGAGGGCGUCAUGCUGCCCAUGGGCGGGCCCAAGGGGUCGGGCCUGGCCAUCAUGAUGGACGUCUUCUCCGGGGUGCUCUCGGGUUCCGCGUUCGCCGGCGACGUCGGCGGGCCCUACGAUUUCACAAAGACCGCCGACGUGGGCCACUUCAUCGUGGCCAUCAAGCCGGACCUGUUCAUGUCCCUGGACGAGUUCAAGGAGCGCAUGCAGUGCCUGUACGACCGCGUCGUCGGGAGCGAGAAGAUGGCGGGCGUCGACCGCAUCUACUUCCCCGGCGAGAUCGAAUUGCUGAACAAGGAGAAGCGAGAGCGAGAGGGCAUACCCUUCACCGAAGCCGAGAUUGCGAACUUGAACAAGGAGGCGGAAAUGGUGGGAGUGGAAAAGCUCAGGUAUGCGUAGGUCUGGGAAAUGUACCGGAGCGUUCUCAAUGUACGUGGGGCGAGAAGGAAGGAAUUUAUGGACCAAAGAUUGUCUAAUUGUUGUUCUUGGAUAUGUAUUUCAUGUUAGGAGCGUGAACUGGA